CCGCCCCGCCCGUCGCGGCGCUGAGGGGGAGGGGGGAGGAACGGCGGGAUCAUGUCGGCGUUGGAGUGGUUCGCCCACAAGCCCCUGGGCGACGGGAUUUUCUGGAUCCAAGAGCGUUUCUACGAAUCGGGCAACCGGGCCAAUAUCUGGCUGGUGCGGGGCUCGCAGCGGGACGUGGUGAUCGACGCGGGGCUGGGGUUGCGCAGCCUGCCCGACUACCUGCGCGCCGCCGGGCUGCUGGCGCCGGCGGAGGGCUGCGGUCCGCGGCCGCUGCUCGCCGUCGCUACCCACGUUCAUUUCGACCACUCCGGCGGGCUGCAGCACUUCGAGGAGGUGGCGGUGCACAGCGCCGAGGCGGCGGCCCUGCUGCGCGGCGACAACUACGAGGCUGUCACUUGGCUGUCGGAGCGGGAGGUGGCGCGGCCGCCGCGGCCGGGCUGGCGGGCACGGCAGUACCGCGUCCCGCCGGUCCGGCCCACCCGCCUGCUGCAGGAGGGGGAUGUGAUCAGCCUUGGAGACCGUCAGCUCACUGUCAUGCACAUGCCUGGUCAUUCAAGAGGCAGUAUUUGCUUACAUGACAAAGACCGGAAGAUUCUGUUCAGCGGAGACGUGGUGUACGAUGGAUCCAUGAUUGACUGGCUUCCCUACAGCAGAAUAAGUGACUACGUCGCAAGCUGCCAGCGCCUCAUGGAGUUAGUGGACAAGGGUCUCGUGGAGAAGGUACUGCCUGGGCACUUUAACAUAUUUGGGGCGGAAAGGCUGUAUCGUUUAGCUUCCAACUACAUCGCGCAAGCUGGAGUUUGUCACAGGGUUUCUGCUUGUGCCAUGAGAUCCAUUGCAAGCAUAGCGCUUCGCAUUACAAAUUCGAGAGUCACUUCUUAGUGACGGUGCCUGUUGUGUGAUCUGUUCACUGUUGAAAAACCAGAUGUCUUGUGAAAGUGACGAUACAAGCAAAAGCGGUAUGCAUUAGUAAAGAGCUGGCAAAUUGAUACAGAUGAGCUGCAAAAAUUCUCCCUAUUUUUGCCUACUCUAUUCCUAUUUUUAUAAAAAAUAUGUAAGCUAGGAGCUUACAUAGCCAAAGCUACCAUUUUUCUUUCUAUUUUUUCAGGGCAUGUUUGCACAUGUAUUGUGAUUGAAAUAUACUGUUUUAUUUUUGUUACGAGUCUGACAGAUCCAUAUAUGCCAGAAUGCGAAGUUUUACAUUCAUGCCGGAAAGCCUGUUGAUGUAGCACUAGGUUUGUGACUGUUCACUCAACUCCCACCCAGGUUUAGGCCUCGCACAGCUUGUGCUAAGACCUGGUGUGCGCUAGGUGCAGCACCAUGAGGUCGAAGCAAGGACAGCGCCUGCACAGGACUCUGUGGGCAGAAAGAGGCAAGGGCCGUUCUGCAGCCGUUGUCACCUGCCGCUCACUGUCUGAUGCGCCUGUUGUUGCCUCUGUCUUUGCAGAGGAGCUGUCUGGCAAUCUCUUUAGAAUCCACUAAUGUAUGGAAAUGCUAUAGACCAAAAUUCUGAGCUGGAAGGUGUAUAGAUACAUCAGCUUACCCAAAAAGCUUUUGAUGUGGAUCCCACAGCAGGCAGACUCUUGAGGCUUUCAUGCUUCUCAGUGUGGCGCAGGGAACGCCUGUACCAUGACAGAGGACCAUGAAAGAGCACUCUCACCAUCUGCUAGGGAACCGUUUUGCUUAUAGGCAUGCGAGAUAGGAAUUAAGAGAAUUUGUGAACUAAUGAAUUAAUGUGUUAGGCUACUACGUACAACACUGAUUGAGCCCUUGCUUGAUGUGGUUUUUUUCUGAUGAGCUCAUAAAAUGUUGCUUACAGUUGCUCUGUGAAUUCGAGAGAACUGGACUGUGACAAGCUUAAAGGUUUUGUUUGUGUCAAAGAGUAUUUUUGUGUGACUGGAUUGUGACUUGGCUGGUAAUGCUCUGGGGCAGGGGAAGGAUGGAGGCUGUAAGACAACCUUGCCCUACCACAGGUGCUGGGCUGAACAGGCGGCACACUUGUUACCACAAAGCGAAUGUAACUUGAACUGUUUGCUUGCUGCUUAUGAGGUGUUUGGUGCGUAUGGUUUUUAUGAAAAGUGCAUUGCCUUUGACUCUGUUACAAAAAAAAAAAUUGUUCGAGAAAUGCUAAAUGACAUUGUAACUUGCUUAUGAAAAUUGAAUGUGUGAUAUUUAAAAGCUGUUGAAAUGGUUAAAGUUUGUGUAACUAUUCUAACAGUAUAUCUAUAUAUUUAACUUUCUUAAAAGGACACUGUCUGUUGUUAUUUUUGUAUAUAGACAUAUAUACUUUCCUAAAAAAGAAUGCAAAUGCUUUCCUAAGUUUUAGUGGAGUUUAACCUUACUUGUUUGGCUUUCGCUUUAUGGGGAGCUUUUUCCCCCCUCUUAUCAUACCCAACAGAAGGGGGGGCCUGAAGUCUGAGCUCUGUCUAAGGCAUGGGGGAAGUAGAAAUUGAUAGUCAUCUUAAUAGGUAUAAAUUCUGGUGGAAAAAAACCCAAAACAGUUGCAAAAUAAAAAAAAACAUCUCUGUCUAAAAACUGUGAAAGAUAAUAUCUUAGGUAGUACUUUUCUCCUUUCACAGAUAACUGCACUCCUGUCUUUACUAUCUGAAUAUAUUCUUCACCAGGAUUUGUACUGGCAGAUUGUGGUGUGCCAAGUUCUUGUUAGCAGUGCCUGUCUCCAAGCUGAAGCGAAACUGUGAGUGGGCAGGACAGGUACAGCGGUGCAGCACUUGAAAGUUGCUCAGAUCAUAGCCUCUUUUUUGGAGAAACUAAAGUACUUCAGUGUGUUAAUGUGAGCAGCAUUUAAUCAGUGGGUAGAUGUCUGUCAUAAACGAAGCUAAGAGGCUUUUAUCUUGGCCUCAUUUGGCCAGAGGAAGAAAUACAGAAGUUCAGCCUGGGAAGCAAAAAAGCCAUGCAGUGAAGAGGCCCAGGACAAACUCCACAGAGCGGUUUUCCUUUUUAGCCUGCUGAGGCAUGCUGCUAUGUACGUGGCAGUCCAGACACUGUUCUCGAUAGGCAGGGGUGUGCAGUGGGCAGUCACGGGCAUGAGGUGGCAAGCAGGAAGGUCAUAACGGCUGAAGAAAUACUUAGCACUGGAGCUUACACCAGUUACCCGGAUGAAGCCGUAGUGACACCGGUUACCCAGCAGUGACUGAAUUCCUUCAAAUUAGCUGUCUGUGGCAUAAAAACAGUAGUAGUUUUGCUCUAUGCUUCGUGAAGGCUGCAGGAGCGCCAGUGAUAACCCUGUGCACUAACAUGGACAGGGAGACCUCUUAGUCACAAAGCCUGACAGUACGCAUGCCAGUUGCUAAAAUUCUGCCAACAUUCAUUAGGGGAGUGAGAUCGUGUUGAAAUAGCAUUUCGUGUUAGACCACCAUCGAUUUGUUUAUUUGAUGCGAUACUAGAAGUCCUGAAGCCAGAUUUUACUGUACUGUAAAACCCGAGCUCCUAAGAGAAGGCUUGUCACUGGAAUCAGGAAUAAACCUCUACACCAAUGUAGCAUCAAGAAUAGGAAUUCUCUUUAUUUCAGUGCCAGGUGCCUGGGGGAUCCUUCUGCUUAUCAUGCACACCCACUGGGGUUUGUUUCUGAUAUUUAUACAUGACAGUUAACACACCAAGCCUAUUGAAUACAUAAUCAUUGCCCUGACUGAGCAUUCCCUUCUUCCAUUGGUCUGUAUCUUCUCCGCUUCAAUUUAAAGCUGCAGCGUGAUUUUAAUUCACUGCACAUGCUCAGGAGGAUUGGGGGGGGUGGUCCUUUCGUCCCUCAGUUGAGUCGGUGGUCGCAAUCUCCCCCUUCUGGAAUUACCUUUCCUCAGCUCCUGUGACUCUUACUGGUUUCAUCGUUUCAUGGCUGUGGCAUGCCUGAUCUUACUUGCAGGAGGACAUUUCUUUCUGUUACUGGUCCUUGAAGUUUCUCAGCUGGUGAACCCUGAAUUCCUUUCAUAGGCUGGCUCAUGGAGUCAUUUGUGUUUCUUAGGAUCUGGGUUUAGGUUGAUAAUGGCUCGAGCUGCAAGUUUAACCCUUUAGUUAUUUACAACACUGCUGUGCCCCAAGGGUUCCCCUGGUCACCCCCACAUUGCCUCCACAGCCCCCUGGCACCCCAAGAAGUCCCCUGGCACGAGGAAAUGGGUGAGCAGACAGCGGCAGCUCCUGCCCUGCUGAGCCCCACGCCAACCCAUGGGAUGUGGCCAGCCGAGGCUCCACACCAUGCCAGGCAGCACCAGCCACUUCCAGGCACAUCCCGGCGCUGCUGGUGGCAGCCCUGGGGUCACUGGGGGUCGAGGCUGGAACCUUCUAUCUUCUAGCUGUUGUUCAAGGUGUCAGGCUCAGAGGGAUGCCAGUUCAAAAGGAAAGAUACCCUCCAUCAUUUGUUUAAAUCCACGCUCAGUAUCAGCUACAAGAUCCUUACGUGUCCAGAUCACUGCCAAAAUGCCCUGUUAAGCCCUGCCUAAGUCCAGUAAGUAUACAUAGGCAAUGGCAAUUGCCUGGGGUUUUCUUCUUGACCAAAAUCUAGAGAAUCAUUUCCUAGCCCAGGAGUGAGCUUUACGUGAACAUAGCCCAAAAUGGGGCGUGUUAGUAAACUGCUGCUAUAACCCAAUUGACAGUAGUUUUUGAGGAUCUUGUAAUUAUUUUUGUAUUUUAAGAAAUUCACUACUAGGUAAAUGAUACAUCUUUAAGUAUAAAGAACUGACUCUGACUAUUUUUGUUAAGAAUCACCAAGUUUUAGUCAUGAGAGUUUGACAGUGUCCCUUUAACACUACUUGGAUUAAAUAUUUAAAAUGUUCCUUGUAAGUUUAAAUAUUGCAACAUCUUGGACAUUUAGAACUACGUUGAUUUUAUUUGUAAAAUCUAAAUGUAUGUUAAUGCAGUUUUGAGCAGACUGUGGAAUUAAAAACAAAAUCAGACGGGAAGUUUUGCUCUGUAAUCUGUUGAGACUUUUGUGAUGUUAAACAACAGUUUACACAUUAAAAAAAUAAUGUUAUUGUGGCUAAUCAUAAUAAAAAACGUUAUAAAUCC